UGCAUGAGUAGGCGGCGGAAGACACGGGCGGAUCGGAGGGGACAGCCGAUCCAUCCCCCUCCUGCCCGCCGCUUUCGUCUCCUGCCCGCUCCUCUCUCUCUCUCUCUCUCUCUCUCUCUCUCGCUAGCAAUUACGGAGCACUCCCCAUCGAUCGAUUCUUCUCCUCCUCCUCCAGCUCCGGCGGCCACCGCCCGCCCGUCGACGACGACGAUCAAUAUAAUGCAGCAGCAGCAGCAGACCACCACGACGACGACGACGCAACUCCAAACAACAACGCCAAGGCGGAUGAGGCAGCAGGAGGAGGCGGCCGCCAAGGCCACCGAGGACAGCCGCCGCUUCCUCUUCGACGCCGGCAAGCCGCCUCCCUUCCGCAUCGGCGACGUCCGCGCCGCCGUGCCGCCUCACUGCUGGCGCAAGAGCCCCCUGCGCUCGCUGUCCUACGUGGCGCGGGACGUGGCCGUGGUGGCGGUGCUGGCCAUGGCGGCGGCGGCGCUCGACAGCUGGGCGCUCUGGCCGAUCUACUGGGCGGCGCAGGGGACAAUGUUCUGGGCGCUCUUCGUCCUCGGACACGACUGUGGUCACGGGAGCUUCUCUGACAGCGCGACUCUCAACAGCGCGGUGGGGCAUCUCCUCCACUCCUUCAUCCUCGUCCCCUACCAUGGAUGGAGGAUCAGCCACAGAACGCACCAUCAGAACCACGGCCACAUUGAAAGGGACGAGUCAUGGCACCCGAUCACGGAGAAGCUGUACCGGCAGCUUGAACCACGCACCAAGAAGCUACGGUUCACCGUCCCGUUCCCGCUCCUGGCAUUCCCCGUCUACCUCUGGUACAGGAGCCCUGGCAAGAACGGAUCUCACUUUCUUCCCAGCAGCGACCUGUUCAGCCCCAAGGAGCGGGCUGAUGUAAUGCUCUCAACCACCUGCUGGUGCAUCAUGCUCGCCUCGCUGCUCGCCAUGGCGUGCGCCUUCGGACCAGCCCAGGUGAUCAAGCUGUACGGCGUCCCAUACCUUGUGUUUGUGAUGUGGCUUGACCUGGUGACCUACCUGCACCACCAUGGCAGCCACGAGCGCCUCCCCUGGUACCGCGGCGAGGAGUGGAGCUACCUGCGCGGGGGGCUCACCACCGUGGACAGGGACUACGGCUGGAUCAACAAGAUCCACCACGACAUCGGCACCCAUGUCAUCCACCACCUCUUCCCCCAGAUCCCGCACUACCAUCUCGUCGAAGCCACCGAGGCAGCGAGGCCGGUGCUGGGCAGAUACUACCGGGAGCCACAGAAGUCAGCAGGGCCGCUGCCGCUUCACCUCUUUGGCGUGCUCCUGAGGAGCCUCAGAGUGGACCACUUUGUCAGCGACCACGGGGAUGUCGUCUACUACCAAACUGACCACACCUUGAACACCCAAGACCAGAAGCAAAAGUAGCCUGUCGUGAUUCUGCAGGUGGAAACGACCAAGGAAAUCCUGAUAGAUGAAUGAUAGCUAGCAUAGAAAAGUAGAACAAAUAAUUUAAGCAAGCUAAGCAUAUUGAUAUACAAUACAAAUAUAUUUGCGGAUUGAUUGAGAGCUUGCUAGAUCUCUGUAUCAUUUGUUCCGAACCGAACUAUAUAUAUUUUUGGCUGGGUGCUCAUCUGUCUGGUUCGGGUCA